UGAAAGAAGCGCAGAAAGAGCGCCGUUUAUAACGACCCAAAAAUUUAUUUCAAAUAAAACCAAAAAAUGCCCAAAACGGCAACUCCGAUGCUUCUCCAGCCCAUCUCCGGCGCCGGCGCCGGCGCUCGCCGGAGCUCCGCCGAGGGACUCUCCCCUCCUCCUACCGCUCGCCUCCGCCGCCGCGUCCUCUGCGCGAUCCGCGCCGACGCGCCGCCCCCGAUCCACCUCUCCGCGGCGGCCCCCUCGCGGCCGGCGAAGCCGCCCGUCUGCACCGCCGACGAGCUCCACCACGCGCCCGUCUCCGGCGCCGGGUGGCGUCUCGCGCUCUGGCGGUACAGGCCGCCGCCUCAUGCGCCGGCGAGGAACCACCCGCUGAUGCUUCUGUCGGGAGUCGGGACGAACGCCAUCGGGUUCGAUCUCUCCCCCGGGGCCUCAUUCGCCCGUCACAUGUCUAACCAGGGAUUUGAUACAUGGAUUGUCGAAGUGAGAGGUUCUGGUCUGAGCAUACGUGAUCAUGAUAAUUCUGCUUCAUCUCCAUCAGGCGCUUUCGAUGAUAUAUCUAAUGGCACAUUGGCUCUUGAUAAAUCAAGCACAUUGGAGGUUGCUUCAGUUCAAAGUUCUGGUUUCUCUGGUAUUGAUUAUGAUGACCUUGGAAUAGUUGCGUUGGAUGACCCACCUUUACUGAUGGAGAUGACUAGUUUCUUUGAUCGAAUUUCAAAACUUCUGGAAGAGGCUAGUUUAAAUAAAAAUUUUCAUGAGAUCACAGAUAAGAUUUCGGUUCUAUCUGAAAUGGUAGAAAGCUCUGCCGUUAUUGGUCCAAUGAGAGAAGAAAGUCUGCGUCUUCUGAAGAACUUUCAAGAGCAGAUUGACUCAUGGGAACACUUUGUGGCAACUCAGAUGAAUCUAAAUUCUGAAUAUAAUUGGGACUUCGACCAUUACUUGGAGGAGGAUAUACCUACUGCGGUGGAAUAUAUUAGACAACAUAGUAGAGUAAAAGAUGGGAAGCUGCUUGCCAUUGGACACUCAAUGGGAGGAAUUUUGUUAUAUGCAAUGCUGUCAAAAUAUGGUUUCGAAGGAGUUCCAUCAAACUUAGCGGCUAUUGUUACUUUGGCUUCCUCUGUUGACUACACGACAUCCAAUUCAUCACUGAAGAUGUUACUGCCACUUGUUCAUCCUGCGCAAGCCCUUAAUGUCCCUGCUGUUCCAUUGGGUACAUUAUUAGCGGCAGCAUAUCCCUGGGCAUCUGGUCCACCUUAUCUUUUUUCCUGGCUUAAUCAUCAAAUAUCAGCACAGGAUAUGAUGCACCCGGAGUUGUUGUCCAAGCUUGUUUUUAACAACUUCUGUACAGUGCCUGCAAAGGUUGUCCUUCAACUUACAACAGCUUUUCGGGAAGGGGGGCUAUGCAAUAGAACUGAAACUUUCUCAUACAAAGAUCAUUUGCGAUAUUGUCAGACCCCUGUCCUAGCACUAGCUGGAGAUAAAGAUCUCAUCUGUCCUCCUGAAGCCGUUUAUGAAACUGUCAAGCUCAUACCUCAGCACAUGGUGAAAUAUGGGGUUUUUGGAAAGCCAGAAGGCCCUCAUUAUGCACACUAUGACUUAGUUGGAGGUCGACUGGCAACGGAUGAAGUUUACCCAUGCAUCAUAGAGUUCCUUUCUCACCAUGAUCAGUAGUUUAUGUAACAGUGAAGCUCCUGAAAUUUCAAUACGAUGCGGAGUCAAUGAUACAAUAUAUGUUCACCUCAGAUGGUUUUUGAGUUGAGCUGAACAAACUUUCCAAGGUUGGCCAUGUGACAUGGCCAGCUGCGCAAAAUAUAGGUAAACCCACAGAACUCGUAGGAUGUAUCCUUGUAAACAGGUGUACCAUGCGUCAGUGCACCACUUGUUAUACAAAACCUAUAAAUAUAGGUAUAUUACAUGUGCCCCUAGAAAUAUAACAAAUUCAAAAGAAAUUGUAUGCUGAACUCAUUCUUUGACCUUGUUUCCUUAGUUGAUGUUGAUCCUUCAAAUACUUGGCUUCUGUUGUUGUAACAAAAUGAAAUGGACUGAUAUGUACUGGGAUAUACUGUUGGCAUGUAGCGCUGUCUGCAUUUGUAAUGAACAGUUCUGGAGGUAAUGGAAUGCUUCAUUGUGCAUGUAAUCUGUAAUAUGGUACACUGACAUUUUACAUGCAUUUGCUGUAGAAGUUCAAAGUGGGUGUUGAGACCAAACAUACUGUCAUAAUUUUUGUUCAUCUGUGAAAUUUGACUUUAGUGAUUCUCAGAUGAGCAAGCUAAAGCAUUGUCCAAUACUAUAUCCAUCUCAACUA